AAAAAAAUAAAAAAAAAAAAUAAAAUAAAAUAAAUCGUAUUAUUCAAUGGAAGUAGUACAAGUACAGCCUAGAGAUUCUUACUUACAUAAUAUUUAUGUUCCUUCAAAAGGUACAGUUAUCAAAUGGUCUUUUACAACAAAAAGAAACAAUAUCGCGUUUGGUUUAUUUCGUAGAAAGGGAAAAGAUCCUUUACCAAACUCAUCUGACAUUUUGUUUCGUGCACAACAUCAAAAACGACAAAUGUCAAUUCCGUUUGAAUUAGGUGUUAAAGGCUCAAUAACAAUAGGGGAUGAUGAUAUAGAAUCAAAUUAUGUUCAAUCUUCAAACCAGUCUACAUAUAACCAAACAAAUGUGACUAGACCACGUUCAAAAUCAGUGGCUACGUUAAAAUUAAAAGAAGUAGGAAUGGAUGAAAUUAUACCCAUACACCAUGCUCAAUCUUCUGAUCAAAAAGUAGAAGGAACCUAUGUAGUAGAGGAACCUGGAAAUUAUGUAUUGGUCUUUGAUAAUACAUUUUCAAGAAAUACACCUAAAAUGUUAACUUAUUCAGUCGCUUUGGGAACACCUGAAGAUAUAAAAAUGCAGAGUAAUGAAGUAUCCGGUUGGUUAUUGAAAAAGAAACGUAAAAGAAUGCAAGGUUGGGCAAAGCGUUGGUUUCAUCUUUCACAUCAUGGUGUUCUCUCCUAUUCAGCCUCACAAGGAGGAAUCACGAGAGGAUCAAUACAGAUUUUAGUAUCAACUAUUUCUUAUAAACCUAAUUUACGUCAAAUUAAUAUUGAUUCAGGGACAAUGCUUUAUCAACUCAAGACUUUGACUGAAUAUGAUUUUGAUUAUUGGCAAUCCGUUCUUACGGAUAUACGUCGAAAGAAUGUAAAUGAUGAUUUAGCUUCUUCUUCUUCGCCAAUUACUACUAUGUAUGAUGAUGUUAAAAAUAGUAAUCUCAAUAUUCACACUACUUUUGGAAAACGACUUUCUGCUUCUUCUCGAUAUGAUCAACGUAAAAUACGGGCUGAAAUUGAACAAGGAUUAGAUACAGCUUGUUCACAUCAAGAAUGUAUCACUUCAGUAGCAGAUACCAUUGAAAGUCUCAAACAAGUAUUAAUCAACAAUGAUUUGAAAUCAAUACAAGGUUUGAUGGAAAAAUUAGAACAACAAAAGUUACAGAUAAUAACAGGUGCAAAGGAGCAAGUUUUACAAUGGAGAAAUAUACAGUCCUAUUUUAAUAUGCUCAAUCAUCGUCGUUCUGGUCCAAUAUCACCUAAUAUCAAUAAUAAUGAUAAUAAUCAACAAACAUCACUUGGGGAUAAUAUCAUACAUGAAGAUCAUACCGAAACAGACCUUCAAUAUCCAGGAAGCGAUUAUUCUUCUCGUUAUUCAGAACAAUUCUUUGAUGCUGAAGAUAUCGUUUUAAGUGGUGAAGAGGAUGAUGAAGAAGAAGAAAGAGAAGAGGAUAAUAGUAUUGAUCAAACAUCAAGUUUAACAUAUGAUGAUGAUAGUAGUGAUGAAAAUACAUGUGAAACUCAAAGUAAUGGUAAUGUACUUGAUCUUACCUCUUUAGGGAAUUGUAUACGUCGAACAGAGUUGCCUUCUCCAGCAGUUACAGAUGCAGGGUCUGCACUUUCUAUUAUUAGAAAAAAUGUCGGUAAAGAUCUUUCGACGAUUGCUAUGCCUAUUAGUAUGAAUGAGCCUCUGAAUAUGCUUCAAAAGGCUUGCGAGGAGUUAGAAUAUUGUGAGUUACUUGAGAAGGCAUCGCAACUUGAGGAUUCAAUGGAACGACUCAUGUACGUUACUGUCUUUACUAUAUCAAGUUAUGCUUCAACUCAAUAUCGAACAGGGCGUAAACCUUUUAAUCCAAUGAUGGCAGAGACUUAUGAAAAUAUUCGUCCUGAUAAAGGAUUUCGAUUUAUCUCUGAAAAGGUCUCUCAUAAUCCACUUAUCAUUGCUGCUCAUGCAGAGGCAAAGGGCUUCAAGUAUUGGCAAUCAACCCAUAUUAAAAGUAAAUUUUGGGGUAAAUCAAUGGAGUUUAUGACAGACGGUACCUUCCAUAUUACUUUAACUGGACAUGAUGAUCAUUACACAUUUUUUAAACCUUCCACUUGGUUAAAGAACAUGAUUGCAGGAGAAAAAUACCUUGAACAUUCAGGUGAAUGUAAAGUACAAAACUUGACUACAGGUGAAUAUGCUAUUGUUACAUUUAAGGAAGGAUCUGGUGGAGGAUUAUUUAGUGCGCCUACUAAACGUAAUGAUGUUGUUGCUACACUUUAUGAUAGUCAUGGUCAAAAAAGAUGUCGAGUUGUUGGUAAAUGGAGUGAAGCAUUAGCAGAAGAAGUUGGAUUAGAUAGGAGUAAAUUAUCCGUUUUAUGGACUGCUCGUCCCCCAGGGAUUCAAGAUUAUGAAAAAUACUUUGGUUUUACCAAAUUUGCCAUUGAAUUAAAUGAAAUAACCGAAAUUGAGGAAGGAAAACUACCUAUUACUGACACACGUUUUAGACCCGAUCAAUUAUUAUAUGAAAAAGGUUUGAUUGAUCUUGCAGAUAAUGAAAAGUUAAGAAUAGAACAAAAACAACGUGAAAAACGUAAAGAAUUCGAAUUAAAUGGUAAAGAAUGGACACCUACAUGGUUCGUAAAAGAAGGUAAUGAAUGGGUUUAUGCUGGACAAUACUGGCAAACAAGAGAAACUGGUCAAUGGCCAAAAGAUCAAUUCUCAUUAUGGUAGAAUAAUAGAGAGUACAUUUAUUUAUUUAUUUAUUUUCUCUGUGUAUUUGUAACAAAAAAAAAUAUAAAUAUAUAAAAAUUUAUACACAUAUAUA